AUGACUCCCGUCCUUCAAGAGACCAGACACUGUGCAGCGCCAGAUUGCGGCAAGGAGACAGCGUCUAAUUUGAAAUGUCCGAUCUGUCUGAAAAAUGGCCUGACCAUGAAUUUCUGUAAUUCGGGCUGUUACAGAAGAAGCUUCCAUAUCCAUAAAGCUAUUCAUCCCAAAGAGGGCGCCGAGACGUAUGAUCCGUUCCCAAAAUUCGAAUACACUGGCCCUUUGAGACCAGCGUAUCCGCUUUCGCCUCCUAGACCUAUUCCAGAGAAAAUCCAGGUGCCAGACUAUGCCAAGAACGGACAGCCAAUCAGCGAGAUCAAGAACGAUAAGUUAUCCAACAUCAGGGUUCUUGACGAGCACGAGAUCAAGCAAAUGAGAAUCGUCAACCAGCUGGGAAGAGAGGUUCUGGAUGCUGCCGCUGCUGCCAUCAGACCAGGGAUUACUACUGAUGAGAUCGAUCAGAUCGUCCAUGAGGAAACCAUCAAAAGAAGAGCUUAUCCAUCUCCUUAUAACUACUACAACUAUCCAAAAUCGCUGUGUACUUCUGUGAAUGAGGUGAUUUGUCACGGAAUACCCGACAAGAGACCUUUGCAAGACGGCGACAUUGUGAAUUUGGACAUCUCGAUCUACAAAAACGGAUUCCACGCCGACUUGAACGAGACCUACUACGUCGGCGAGAAAGCCAGAACAAACCCAGAGCUCGUGAACCUAGUCGAGACCGCCAGAGAGUCUCUUGACAAGGCCAUCGCCUUGGUGAAGCCAGGACUGCCGAUCAGACAGAUCGGAAACGUGAUCGAAGAGCAUGCUACCAAACACGGGGUUUCUGUGGUGAGAACGUACUGCGGCCACGGAAUCAACAAUCUUUUCCACUGCCAGCCCGAUGUCCUGCAUUACUCCAAAAACAAAGGUGUUGGAAUCUGUAAGAAGGGUAUCACCUUCACUAUCGAGCCAAUGAUCAACAUGGGCACUUAUAGAGACGUUAUGUGGCCCGAUGACUGGACAGCAGUUACCGCCGACGGAAAGCCGAGCGCGCAGUUCGAGCACACGCUGCUGGUUACUGAGGACGGUGUCGAGGUUCUUACAGCACGCACAAAGAAAUCACCAGGAGGCCCGGUUCCAAGAAUAUAG